AAGUUUCUAAUAAUCACAAUUCACAUAUGGAAAACCGCAUUACAGGCCGCUAAUUAAUGUUCACCGAGUUCUUUGAACGUUUGUUUGCAAAACGGUAUAAAUAUUUACAAAGAAAAGAAUUCCUUAAACUACACAACAUGAACAGUUGCCUACGAUUCACAAGUUUACAGCUCAUCGGCAAGUUCUACUUUGUGGUUUUGAAUGAUGAUGAAAAUCAAGUUGACAAAAAAACUGGUAUAUAAAGACAAUAAUAAUAAUUUAUCUAAUCUGUUAUCACUUAUCAUUUAUGCAAUAAUCAAUAAUACAAGUAAACUUAGUUUAAUAUUACCUACUUUAUUACUUUUUGUCUUUAUAACUGACUCCUGUGUGAUUCAACAAAAUGUCUUUUAACCGCAAAACCGAUCAAACUGUAACCAAACUGAUUGCGAUGACCGACGACAUCGACGGCGAUGAAGUGCUGUACAUAAAAACAACAACGCAGGGUACCAAAUGCGAAAUGGUCAAUUGUAAGAGCAACUCGGAUGGUAAUGUUUGCAAAAAAUCCUAUUUUAGAUUUCCCAAACAUGAUUAUCGUUGCAGUCAAUGGGUGUUCGCAUGUGGUCGACCUGAUCUGGUCAAGUUGUAUUUGAAACGAGGCGCAAUGUUCAUGUACAAAACAAGAAAAGUGUGCGAGGAACAUUUCGUUAGAGCCGACUUCAGAAAUCCUGAUUUACUCAGUCAAGGGUUAUUCAAUGAUGUAGUACCUACAAGAAAUUUACCGAAACUCACAACAACAAUACACAUAACACGCAAACAUCAGCCAGAAGAGGACGCGACAACUUCGGCAGUCGCCGACGAUGCGCCAUUGAAAAGAAAUCUGAGAGAGCGUAAAAGCAAUCGAUGUUGUUGCGAUGCGCUUGAAACUGCCAAGAGAACCGUCAGAAUUAAACGCUGUUCGAAGAAAAAAAUACUAGUCAUUGUAAAAACAAAACAGUCCCGCAAACGAGGUAGGCCGAAAAAAAAUUAAAUUGCGUGUAGAGUUUUCGUCAAAGCGUUAUUACGUAAAAAUGUUUUUAUUAAAUUAUAUUAUGUAUACAUUUAUAAUGUUGUGUCUGAAAAUAAUGCUUGCGUAUUAUUUUCAGUCACUCUUUAAAUUGUAUGUAUUUAUAAAUCUUAUUGUAGGUCUUGUUUAACUAAUAUAUUAUUAGACAUUUAAAUGUAUACUUUUUUAAUAUUAUUAUUAAAAUUCAUGAUUGGCUUGUAACAAUUAAUUAUAGAAAAUAAACAUCAACUAUGACUAUGUCAUAAAAUGGAAACGACAAAUUAUCUGUAGACCGUCAAAAAUACACUUUCGCAUCUCUACAUAACUAAAAAUCUUUUUAGUCAUUUUUAAACUUAGAACUACAUUUAAAUUUAGAGCGAAAUAUUAUUAAUGCUGAAUGCUGUAAUAA